AUGCAUGGAACACAUUUUCGUCGCAGUAAAAAUGCUGUUUACUGUGCUCGAUACCGGCGAAAACAAAAGCUUCUUCAAGAAGCUGAAAUAGCAGGUACAGCACUUACAGCAGCAUUGUCUGAUAAAAUAAAUUCAAAUCUAAAUGAAAUACCAGGAGAAAUAUUUCAUGAGGCCAAUGAAGGAGCUUCGUCAAGCCUUAGCCCCAAUGCCUCUAAUGCACAUGCUUUUAUAGACGCUUUAGCAUUGAAUAAUGACAAAUCUUUAUUAACUGUUCCAAAUAUUAAUGUACCUUUGCCUUUAAUAACUGACUCGGAUGUAGAAAUAUCUGAUGAAAAUAAAUCUAAAAAGUUACAGAUCUUUUUGAGACACUGGAGUCUUACAAAUGAUAUUCGGGCAGUACAACUAAAUAGUCUUAUUAGAGGUCUCAACGAAAUAUUUCCUGAUAUUCAUUUACCUCGAGAUACCAUUUAUUGUGGUACGUGUAAACCAAACAAUAUUGAACGUUAUUUCCAGGAUUUUAUUCCCGAAAUCAACGAUCUAAUAUCUAACGGUCUUGUUAUAGGAAACACCAAUAUAAAAAUAUGUUUACUUGCUUUUACAUGUGAUGCUCCUGCACGUUCAUUUAUCAAAUGUACUAUAGGGCACAAUGGUACUUACGGCUGUGAUCGAUGUGAUCAGAAAGGUACAUACUAUAAAAAUAGAAUAGUGUAUUUGGGUUCUGUUCGUAAAGAAAGAACUAAUGACGAAUUUAAGAAUAGGGUCUGUGUCAAACAUCAUGUGAGUGAAACACCAUUACUAAGAAUAAAUGAGAUUAAUAUAAUUAAGGAUUUCGCCCUUGACUACAUGCAUUUAUGUUACUUAGGGGUAAUGCGAAAACUUUUAUAUUGGGUAAAAAAAUGUGAUUUUAAAAGCGUUAGGCUGCCAUUAAGGUUAAGACAUAUAAUUUCAAAGAGACUAAAAUAUUUUGCUUCCUCAAUACCAUCCGAACUUAAUCGUAAACCAAGAUCCUUGGAUGAUUUGCUUAGGUUUAAAGCAACUGAGCUCAGGCUUAUAUUGCUUUAUUUGGGCCCAGAUAUAUUCUGUGGUGUGUUAGACAAAAAUGUGUAUGACCAUUUUAUACUUUUUCAUGUUGCUAUAAGAAUUCUUUUAUCUCCGAAAUAUGUCGAUACUGAUUGGAUAGAUUUGGCAAAAGAAAUUCUUACUAGUUUUGUAGAUAAUUUUAUUAACUUGUAUGGUCGUGACUCAUGUAUCUACAAUGUUCAUAGUUUAAUACAUUUAGCUGAUGAUAGUUCACACUUUAAAACGACUCUAAAUGAAAUUAGCUGCUUUCCAUUUAAAAGUUUCUUAGGAAGAUUUAAAAAAAAUGAUAAGGAAACCCAAUCAACCUCUAGAACAAAUUUGGAUUUCGUUAAAGAAACUUCUGAUUUAAGUAACAGUGGAAUCAUUAUUAAUAACAAAAGCUUCGAUUUUGUUGUGAACAUGUUAAUAUGUGAUUUGCCAGCUAAAUCUUUCGUUUUAAAUAUAACGGGACACAAUGGAUACUUCAGUUGCACUAAGUGUACAUUAGAAGGUGACUUUUCAAACACUUUAUAUUUUCCAGAAGUAGAAUAUACUAAACGGGCUAAUGAUUCCUUUAGAUUGCACCUACAGCCUGAACAUCAUAACGGCAGAACUAUUUUAGAAAACAUACCUAAUUUUAAUAUGGUUGAAUCUGUCCCUAUUGAUUACAUGCACUGUAUUCUAUUGGGAGUAAUGAAAAGAAUAUUGUAUCAUAAAACUUUUGGAUGGGUUUUUGGCAAACCCCCUUUUAAGCUCCAGGCAUCCAAAGUCAAUUGCAUGGCUCAGAAACUACAACAGAUAAAACUUUUUAUACCCUUUGAAUUCAGCCAAAUUUUUGGUUUGAGAUCAGAUCCCGAGCUACAUACUUCUAUAUUAUCAGCCACAAACACAAGCUGUGUACGAUCUGUGCCUAUUAUUACUACAUCUGGACGGUCCGAAAGAACUGCAGAAGAAACGUCGGAAGAGUCGCGUCCCGGGCCAAUAAGUACUUCAGUGCCAAAAACAAUAAGUUGCCUGCAAGGAUCGUCCAGUAUUUUGCAAGGAAACCAUGUUGCAAAAUUUUCAUCUGAUUUUAAAAAGUUAGUAACAGACGAACUUUCAAGAUUACAUUUAAAAGUUGAUGACAAUGUCAAUAGUGUGUUACAAUUACUGCGACAAAAGGAAGUAAAUAUCAAAAAUGCAUCUUUGGAUGAAAUACACAGCCUUCAUAACAGGUUACCUGUGCAGUCCAAACAGGACCUAAUUGAAUUGGAAGAAUGGCUUCAAGAUAAGGACCAUUAUAAAUUAGCGCUUAAUGAGUUUCAAAGGUUUGGACGGCAGUCGUUGGCCCAAGCAACUAGGAAAAUUUUAUAUAGAACAAUAAGCAAUGAUGCAGCCAUGAGCUACUCAUGGGAUGGAGCGAGAGGAAAAAAUCCCUUCAAAACUCUUGCACUGGCUAAAUGUUUGCUAGACGCUAAUAAAAUUCAAUAUCCAACUGCGAAGGAAAUGGAAAUAGUUAAUGUAAUUAAAAUGUGGCUGGUUAAGGCCAAAGAAAGAGCCAAGAAGGUAGAAAUAGCUGUGGCACCAAACGAUACUAACCAGUGA